AUGGGUGAGGAUUUCAUGCACCCACCGUUUCAAGCGUACCCUUCAAAAAAUAGUGAAGGGAAAAAACAUAUUGUCAUUGUUGGUGGUGGCAUCAUUGGUUGCUGUACGGCAUACUACUUGACGCAGCAUCCAAGUUUCAGCCCUUCGACCCAUCACAUUACUAUCAUUGAAUCAAGGCGUAUUGCUGGAGGGGCUUCUGGUAAAGCGGGCGGUCUGCUUGCAUCUUGGGCUUUUCCUCAUCAGAUUGUGCCUUUGAGUUUCCAGCUACAUCAGGAAUUGAGUGAUGAGUAUGAUGGAGAGAACAACUGGGAUUACAGAAGAUUGACGACUGUGUCCUUAGAAGCUGACGUUCGGAAAGAGGUCAUUGAAAACUAUGAGAGAGUGAGCAAAAAAGCCUAUACCCUUAAUGUUCCACCUCCAAAGAAGAGACCAGGUAACAUACCCAAUAAGUUUAACAUCGGGGAUUCUAGUUCAUCAUUAAGUUCUUCAGGCUCUUCGUUGAAGAACGAAUCCGCCAGUAACGAAGAAGAAGGAUCUGAUGUUCACAUUUCCAGCUCAGUGCCUAGCUUACAUUCUCUAACAAACGAACGCAUGAAAAGCCACACAAACAGCGUAUCAGACCUUGAUUCUGUAAGCCCUGCCGAGCAACUCAGGGAGAACAAUAUUCAUAAUCCUUUGCCAGCUGACUUGAAUUGGAUAAGAAGAGAGUUGGUUAAUGAUUGGUCUUCGCUAGGUGGUACUGAUACCACAGCACAACUUCAUCCUUAUAAAUUCACCCAUUUCAUAUUAUCAAAAGCGAUGGAAACGGGGGCCGUUGAUCUAUUACUGGGGAAGGUAGUAGGAGUAAAGUGCGACGAAAUGGAUUGUGUUCAUUCCCUAAAAUAUCUUCCCUCUGUCAUCAAAAACCGCAGAAAUAGUAGAGGUCAAGCAGAAAAUUCAGAUAUCAAGCUGGGCACAAUCUUCAAUGACAACAAUGCAAAGCCUAUUGAAAUCAAUGAUAUCCAGCAGGUUGUUUUGAGCAUGGGGCCCUGGACUUCCAAAAUCCUAAAAGAUUGUCCAAUUUCUGGAUUAAGGGCUCACUCUGUCACGAUCAAACCCAGCGAAAAGACAGUUUCACCAUAUGCUAUACUUGCUGAACUGAAAGUCAACGACCGUGAGUUUUUCUCCCCUGAAAUGUAUGCAAGAAAAGAUGAGGUUUAUGUGUGCGGUGAAGGUGACACCUUGGUGAAUAUACCUGAAAGCUCAGAUGAUGUUGAGGUGGUUUCGGAAAAGUGCGAUGAAUUGUAUCAUUAUGUAUCCAAACUAUCGCCAACUUUAUCAAAGGGCCAUCUCUUGAGAAAACAAGCGUGUUUUUUGCCAGUAUUAAAUGUUCCCACAAGUUCGGGUCCCUUGAUUGGUGAGACAAAUGUCAAAGAUCUUUAUAUUGCGAGUGGGCACUCUUGCUGGGGUAUUAACAAUGCGCCAGCCACAGGCAAAUUAAUGGCUGAAAUUCUCCUUGAUGGCGAAGCAACUUCUGCGGAAAUCUCAAGUUUAGACCCAAAGUUAUAUUUUGAUGCUACCAUACUCCCUUAA